AUGCGUUUCUUCGUCUCCCUCGCUGUCGCCGCCAUGGCCGCCGUCGCUUCCGCGGAUAGCAAGGCUAACCCCUUCAGCAUCCCCGUCGAGGGUUACACCUUCAAGACCGGCGAGCCUACCGCUCUCUCAUGGGAGCCUACCACCGAUGGCACUGUCAGCCUGAUCCUGCAGUGGGGAGCCGUGAUCAGCGGCAACUCCGGCACUGUCAUUGCCUCCAACAUCGCCAACGACGGCAGCUACACCUGGGAUGUGCCCUCCAGCCUGGCCGCCCAGCCAGACUACACCAUUAAGAUCGUCUCGGAUGAGGAUAGCGAUGACUACAACUACAUCGGCCGUUUCACCGUUGAUGGUUCCACUGUCAUUGUCUCUUCUGCUACUGCUGCUUCGACCACUGCCUCGACCACCGAGUCUUCUACCUCUACCAAGACCCACACCACUACCUCGGAUGAGACCACCUCGAGCUCUUCGGCCGUCAGCAGCUCCGCCACCACCCUGACCACCGCUUCCAGCUCUGUCGCCAGCUCCUCUGCUACCACCACCGCUACCGAGACCUCCGAGACCACCAGCACUGCUGCGUCCAGCACCUCUGCAUCCGAGAGCGCCGUGCCCACCACCAACACCGGUGCCGGUGCUAUCAACCGCGUCUCCGGUAGCAUGCUCGCCCUCGUUGCCGGUGCCUUCAUGCUGUAA